GUUUACGAGAUCGAGAUGUUAACUGAAGAGCAAGAGAAAAUUUGUUGGAUAAGAGAGCGGGGCUGAAGGCUGGAGUUUCUGGUCCGCGUCGCGCAAGGUGGCGUGAAAAAGCUGUCGCCAAUGCAUUGACGAGCAUGCAGCCACACCGGCUCUCUCAGACGCCACGAUUCUCAGUUGGGGUAUGUUAUCAGGUCAUCAGCUCAUACAAAGAGGUCCCAUUGGGUGGCUAUGACCUAGCAAAACUCUCGUCAAGGCGCAUGAUCCGCCGUCUGGGAUUUCGCUACCUCAGUAAUAACCGACCUGAGCACCACCAAAAACCGAAAACAAACGCCAAUGCCCGUGCACUAACUAUCUGCCGAGUGUGCGCAACAGACUUUUCUCUCAGGAUGUCUUCGCCCUUCCAACUACCUGUUGAAUUCGAUGCCUGGAGUAUUGAAAGCCUUGACCAGACACGCAAGUGGGCCCUGAAGAGGGCAGGGACCAUGGAAACUCACGAAAUAGAGGAUCCAUUCGAUGAAAUUCAAGAUGCCUUGCUACGAUGGUAUCUAGAGGAAUAUCCCAUCCAUGAUCCUCUGGAGAGAACCAAAGUCUCGUACGCGACCACCAACCUCUGCCGGUAUUCAGAUCGCCUUGCCCAGCAGGUGGUGCAGUUAGUUGGUGACCCUGAAGAGAAGCAAUGCUCAAUCACAAUCCGUCAGAUCGACGAUGCAAGACCAGGGCAGUCGGUGCAGAUGAUCCACUGGGAAGUCUUAGAAGCUGCGUUCGACCGGGAGAAGACCACGUUUUCUUCUGUAGCUGUGAGCCGGACAAUCUCAGAAACACAUCCGUCAAAAGCCCCGAGCCUACCUGGGGACUCGGAGCCUUUCCGCAUACUACUCGUGGUUGCGAGGUCGGAUUUAACUGAGAAGCACCAUCGAAUCAUCUCCUCGACCCUCAAGCACAUCGUUACCGGCCUUGGGUCGCGACCGGUCGAGCUCGACAUUGUCCGGCCUGGAACCUAUCGAGCGCUGGAGGUUUAUCUUGACCAAUGCAAGAAACGCAAGAGAAGAAUUCACCUCGUUCAUUUUGACGUGCAUGGGGAGGUCAAAACCUCAAAAGACACACAACAAGGUCCCCGGUUCAGAAACUUCUUACGGUUUUACCCCAAAUCAGAACGCGACUCCGGUCUCAUUGGAGCAUGUAGGGUGGCAACUCUCCUAUCUAAGCACGAAAUUCCCAUGGUAGUUCUCAAUGCCUGCGAGUCGGCCCGGAGCGACGCGGGACCUGAAGCAAACUUGGCCCAGGCCUUUCUGGCAUCUGGAGUCCCUUUUGUCCUUGCCAUGUCUUACAAAUUGCUCGUAAGCGGGAUGGCUACAUUCUUCUUUCAUUUCUAUCGAUCCUUCUUGAAGCAUCGGAGAGACUUCUGCCAAGCUGCUUCCGACGGCCGGAAGGCUAUGCGCAUCCACCGUAAACGACAGGCGUAUUUGGGAAUAGACAUUGAGCUUCAGGACUGGAUCGUCCCGGUGACCUAUAUCGCAGAUGGAAUUCGAGCGUCCGAGUUCGUAAUCCCCGGCUCACCGAGCACUGGAGAUGGCGCCGACGUUGAAGACCAGCCUCAUUGGGAAGCAUUGCGUUACAAUGACCUGUCGUUUGACAUCGAAGUCCUCAACGUUGAGACUAGGCUUUUGGAUCCUUGGAGAUGCGGGUCGGGUCCUAUCGUCAACAUCUACGGCUUCAGCGGUGUCGGGAAAACGGCGUUCCUUCGUCACUGCCAGACUUGGUGGAUGGAGACAUCAAUGUUCGACCGAAUCUUCAGCUACUCCUUCCAAAGCAAUAGACCCUACCAACCGAACGAGAUUGUACUUUGGCUAGCACAUAAACUCCAGAACGAGAUGCUCGCACAAGAUCCGCACAGUUCGCUGUGUACGAUACAGAGCGGGGUGUCGAACCCGCUCAGCAUCAUAAAAUUGUACAUGAGGACGACCGGACUUGGAAAGCGUGUCCUUCUCAUUCUGGAUGAUUUCCCACAGAUGGUACAGGGAGACACUCCUGCAAUAAAACCCCUUCCAUACAUCGAUCAAAAGAACUUGAGCGAGACGUUUGAGAGCUUGAGCUCUUCACACAUCUACGUCAUUGUGUCUUCUAUUUCGAUGGUCCCAUUCAUUGAUGCACGGCCACUUGAAACAGGCAAGGGAGACGAGAUCUUGCAGCCUCCACGGUUGCUGGGUGACCCCCUACCAAAAUCUUCCCAUUACAAUAUGCCGGGCAUCAGCGAGCCAUUAUCUAUCGGAUUCCAUGGAGAUGCUUCAUUUUGGGCAACGCUGACUAAUACGGAUACGACUGCUGCGCUGCAGGAUAUCGUUGACUAUUUUGCCGACUUACCAUCCUUAAUUCGAGCAGAUAUUUUGGAGAUCAUGAACGAUGCCCACCGAACUGAGCAGUCUGUACUUUCUCUCAGAAAGUCAUUGCUCCUGGGACGUUAUCCAUUUAGCACACUGAGUGAGGAUGGAAUGCGAGUCUUGCAUUCGCAACCGGCUUACCGCGCCUCCAUGGAGUAUUACGAGAAGCAAAGUGGCCUUGCAAAGGCUGUUUUGCUUGGUCUUUCCCUGUUCACAAGGCAUCUCGGAAUCCGAACAGACUCGUACAUCCUCCGCUAUGUUCGAUGUCUGAAAGAGGCCUUUCCUCGCUACUUCUCACGAUUGUGUACAACAACGGUCAGAGAUCACUGGUACCAAGACGCAUUGCGACGAAUGUCAUACUACUUCCAGACGCGAAGCACUCUUGAGGCCCAGGCGUUGGAAGUGCUCUCUCAAACAGUCAAUGACUUGCGCCUAUUAGGCUUCCUCCGACCUGAGUUCGCCUACUUGAAAGGGAAGCAAGCGGAUGAGUUGGAACACAUUCCUAUAUACCGGAUACACCCUCAACUUUCUUUGUUCCUACGCCAGGCCCUCGAAAACGAGAUCUCUUCAACUAUAGCAGCCCGGGGCUACACACCCAGAGAAGUUCGCUCGAGGCUAGACAAGGUAUUUAUCGAGCAUCAUCGAGAGAGAAUUGAGUCUUUGCAGUCGGCCGAAUUGAGGUCCCCCGAGCAAGCCAUUACAGUAGUGAACCAUAUCGCUGAUGAACACUUUGGGAAGUUCAACCUUCUGGGCGCAUUACUGAUGUGGAUUGAAGAGGACGCAAACCAUCGGGACUUCGAGUAUCCACUAAAGUUCUUCGAUUGGUUCCUUGCUCCCUGGCCGCGAUUGACAUCCAGGACCUAUUACGGACCCAGUAUUCUGGUAUCAUACAUCAAAGAGACAAGGGAGCGAAUUUCCCAAGUCUGCGGAGAGCUAGCGAAGGAGACGAAACCGGAGAAAGGCCAGUCCCGAUCAAAAGUAGAAGCACGCUUGCCAAUGCGCCGGCAAUUCUACUCGGCCUUGACCCUCUUACUGCGUCUCUCAAAUUGGCUGUCGCAUUUCUAUAUGGUUUCGGGCCAGCCUGAACUCGCCGUUGCCGAGACAAAAAGGUCUGCCUUGAUGAUAUCCACUCAUCUUGGCCCUUAUCGGGCUGUGGAACCUAUGCUGCUCGCCGAUGCUUAUCUGCAGUUUCUAAGUGGCCAUUUCGGCUCCAGCCGCCGCAGAUCUCAGCCUAUAUCUCUCGAUAGCCUGGCGCCAGAGGCUGAAAGAGAGCUGGGGAUAAUGGAUAGCACACCAGGUCUCAAGCACGAAGAGCAGCUUGCUGGUCUCUCCUAUCACCUGCUCCAGAGGGCAAGUGUAGCCACUGUACGGACAUUUGAAAGAAGUUAUGGGGAGAUGGCGGCCCAGUUUGAGAGGCUUCUCCAUUGGUCGAUGGAUACGGACAAUGAAACGGAGCGGCAGUGGACUGCACUUACCAACAAGCUGAUGGCCAAAGGCUGGGCUGACAAGCGCGCUACAGAGCGGUGGGGAUAUAGAACUCGAGAGGAAAAAGAAAACGUUGAAAAAGAGAAUGAACUCCUUUUCCGGCGCACUCUGGCCGAGCUUGCGAAAUUUCCCCAGGAAUGGUUUGACGGGAUGUUGCAGCGCUUUUCCGCCAUCCUGCAAGGGCUCACCGGGAAUGCGAUCGCUAUUCCGGAAGGACAGAGUCUUGAUGAGACACUAGUCACCAUGGCGCAACGGGACGAUGAGCAGAUUCCGAGAUUGACAUCUGGGGGCAACGAGCUCACCGAUCUUUACGAAAGCGUUAAGCGAGCAUGGCAGGAUUUGCGUCGAGGAACAUCACCAGAUCAGGUAUUCGAUGCCAUUUUCCCGCGAUUCAAGACGUUCUUCGAAUACUACUGGAGACGGAGCCUGCUGCAGAUGAUCGAAUUCAGCAUGCGUUAUGUCGACCGGACAAUGUCGGCCUCCCUAAAUCAACUCCUUGUUAAAGACUACAUGACCCGGCGCGACUGGGAGGGAUUGAAUCAGUACCUCCAUAACCUAGACCUCGAAAAGGAGCAUGGGGGACGGACUCAGUUUUAUGCUGUACAAGGGAUCUGCUCUCUCUACCUGAAGAAUGUGAACGAAGCGGGACUUUACCUGACGAAGGCUUUGCGCAGCCUUGAGAAUCGUGAGGAGUGGUUCUUUAGCAAUUUCGCUAUCUUCGGUUUCGCAGGCGCUUUUACAGUACAGGUCGAGAUUCUCCGCCUUUUGAUUGCUGUUAAAUACGAGGCUGGGGAUGAUUCCACUGUUUGCCCAAUCUCGGCCUGGCUGCUGUUUCUCGACGCGCUGGCGUUUGGCUAUGCUCCAUCGAGCAAGAUCCUAUACUGUCAGAACGGAGCACUCCUGGAACAACUGACCGAACAUUACCUGCCGUACCCGUCGCAAACCCGGGACGCUAUGCGCGUCGUAGAGCUUCCACAGGAAGAAGAAUACGGAUGUGCGAUGCUACACUAUGAACCCAGCAUUGACCCGGACGAUCGCAGCGUGAUAAUCCCGGACGCGGAACGCGACCUUUAUCUUCUGAUCGAGUUUCUGUACCGCACAAGGAUCAGGUCCCACGUCGACCUCCAGUUUCCCGAGACUAUCUAUCUGAAAGCGAUGAAGUACUUCGUCCGUCACUGCGAGCGGUCCCCUAUUACGCGGCUUCCGCCCGAUGCAGCUUCCGUACUGUUCCUCAGAGCCCUCAAAGAGGAACUUGUGUGCAACCCGGCAGCGCGAAAGGAUACGAUUGAACUUUUCGAGCAGUUUCUUAUGGGGAAGAGCGUUGUAGGGGUACCCCAUAGUCUCAUUACCAUGGACUCGUGCCCGGUGUUACCAGAUAACUAUGAAGGCAUGCUGGACGAGAACGAUGAGACAGCUUUGUAUGCGAUGUUUGAUGAGGGUUAGUGGCUCCUCUAGUUGAGUCAAUUGGUUCAUCGCUCGGUGUCUGCUCUUGCUGUUGUUACAGAUCCACGUGCGUUACAAUCGAGCGCCGCAGA